AUGGUGCGUUGUGGUUUGUCCAUGCAGGAAAAACAGCUGUGUGGUGAAAUCAAGAUCCUACCAACACAUUAUCUCAGCCUGUUGGAAACCAUUUCAAUGGGGAUUUUAAAGGGCAAGAUUACCAAGAAAUCCGAGGCGCAUGGUAUGUUCAACCUUGAUCCAAACAAGAUGGAUAGAGUAUAUGAUAUGCUUGUGAAAAAGGGAAUCACUCAAACGUGA